AUGGGGAUACUCUUUUUCCUUGUAUUACCCUUACCUUUCAGAAUCCGUCAAAAGAUUUGUAAUGUCUAUUACAAGAUAUUUGCCAAUUCUACUGUCAAGACAGUUGUGGCCAUGUCUAGUGCUAUCAUCGGGAUGUUAUUUGUAGACUCUUUCAGAAGAUCUCAAUACACUGUCGUUUUACAUCAUCAUCAAAAGAGACACACUGGUGGUGAUUUAUAUGAAGAAUAUGAGAAUGAAAAUUUUGCUCAUGCCCCACCUGAAAUCACACCAAUUGAAGUCUUAGCUUCAAGAGCUUAUCAUCAAAGAAACACUUAUAUUUCAGGGUUCAUCUUAUUCUUUGGUGUUUGUAUUGCUACCAUUAUGACAAUUAAUAAAAAAUUAGUUAAAUAUCAAUCUUUAAUUAAUGAAAAUAAAAAACCAGGCAAGACAGAUCCCAAAGGUGAAAAGGAUUCCCAAGAAAUCUUGGAUUUGAAAGAACAAUUGAGAUUAAAGGAAAUCACAUUACAAGGGUUGAAAAAACAAGUGGGGAAUGUAGAAUCUCAUUAUGAUAAUGAAAUUAAUAAACCUUCUGCUACUUCUCCUUCACAAAAGAAGAAUGAAUAG